CGGGCGGGAGCAGAGCGCAGUGCCUGCGCGCGCCCCCGCCAUCUCCCCCUUUUGUCGGCGGGGUGGCCCCUUCCCCCUCCGCCCGGGUAGCAGGAAGUGAUAACUGCCCAGAUUUUGGCGCCAGCACCGAGACAUCACCGGGGUCCGAGAGCCAGCGGAGGGAGGCAGACUUCGCCGCAGCCUGCUCCGCUCUACCCCGCGCCGCGGACAGAAACCCAUCGGGCAAGCCACCCACUUAAGACUUUUUCUUUUCUCCUUCCUUCUUUCCUUCCCCCCCUUUUUCCUCUUUUCACCGGCUCCGCACACACCGCGACAAAGGUAAAAGCUCUGCAAGUCUGCAAUAAAAAUGGCCUCCAAUAAAACUACAUUGCACAAAAUGGGAAAGAAACAGAAUGGCAAAGGUAAAAAAGUGGAAGAGGCUGAGCCUGAAGAAUUUGUUGUGGAGAAAGUCCUGGACAGACGUGUUGUGAAUGGAAAGGUGGAAUACUACUUGAAGUGGAAAGGAUUUACGGAUGCUGACAACACGUGGGAGCCCGAAGAAAACUUAGAUUGCCCAGAGCUAAUCGAAGCUUUUCUGAACUCUCAGAAGGCUGGUAAAGAAAAAACAGAUGGUGCCAAAAGAAAGUCUUUGUCAGAUAGUGAAUCUGAUGAUAGUAAAUCAAAGAAAAAACGUGAUUCUGUUGAUAAACCAAGAGGGUUUGCAAGAGGUCUUGAUCCUGAGCGGAUAAUUGGGGCUACAGAUAGCAGUGGAGAGCUUAUGUUCCUCAUGAAAUGGAAAGACUCUGAUGAGGCAGAUCUGGUGCUGGCCAAAGAAGCUAACGUGAAGUGUCCUCAGAUCGUAAUCGCUUUUUAUGAAGAGCGACUAACUUGGCAUUCAUGCCCAGAAGAUGAAGCACAAUAAUUGUUUGCAUUGCUUUUUUAUAUAUAUGAAUAUUAAAACCCAAAAUUUGAUUUAUUAGCAAUGUGAGAAGCAUACAUUCUAACAAGAAUCAAAUUUGAUAUUUUUUUGAAGUAGUGUGUUUUGCAUCAACAGCAAGUAAAUAAAAGCUUUCUGCAACUUGUUUCAUUUAUCACAAGAGAGCAUUUGAUACUACUACUUCCUCCAUAUUAGGUAAAAGCUUUUAUAAAACAUUCAUAAACUUCCAUAGUUAUUACUGAAUCAUAAUGAAUGUCUAAACAACCUCACAGAUGUUUUGUAGUCUUCUAUACUAUUGAUGUGCAUGUAUCUUCUUUACCCAAACCUAGCCCUUUAAACUUGUAGAAUUAUUCUUUUUAGUAUUUGGGAUCACUUGGUUCCAAGAAGACCAGGUGAAAACUAACUUUGUAGUAAUUUGAAUGUUAUCAGACUGUAUAUUGUUUACUUUAUUGUAAAUACUGGUGAACAGUGGUCAAUAAAAUAGUUUUAUAUUCUUCCUUUA